AUGUACCUCAAACUAGCAGUUUUGUUGGCAAUUCUCUCUUUUCAUGGCCAACUCACAAUGGCCUCAGAUCCUGACCCAAUUCAGGAUUUCUGUGUACCAAACCCAAAAUUUGAUUCCUUAAGACCAGCCAGGUUCGGCACUCUCCAAUGCAAAAAUGUCACAGAAGUAACCACAGACGAUUUUGUUUUUUCAGGCAUGAAAGUAGCCGGAAACUUCUCCGAAACCGGCGUUGCCAUAAUUCCUGUCAACCCUUCUCUUUUUCCUGGCCUUAACACACUAGGGAUGUCAUUUGUAAGAGCUGAUCUAAAGGCUGGUUCUGUUAAUCCACCUCAUUUUCAUCCAAGAGCGACAGAAAUCGCGUAUGUCUUGCGAGGAAGUGUUUAUUCGGGCUUUGUGGAUUCGACUAAUAGAGUUUUCGCUAGAGUACUUGAGGAAGGAGAGGUCAUGGUGUAUCCAAGAGGCUUACUGCACUUCCAAAUGAAUGUUGGUAAGAAACCUGCAACAAUUUUUGGGAGUUUCAAUAGCCAAAAUCCAGGAACGCAAAAAAUCCCAUCUGCCAUUUUCGGGUCUGGGAUUGAUGAAGAGCUCUUGGAGAAGGCUUUCGGGUUGAGUCCUAAGCAGAUUGAGGUGAUGAGAAGAAGGUUUGACCCCAAAAGUACUGUUAUGUAAGGGCACACAGAAGUACUACAUUGUUCACAGUUUGUCACUGUAAUAUCAUUUAUUGGUUUCUCCGCUAGUUUCCCUUAUGAGGAAACUCUUUGAAUUCAAGGUAGGCAGUGAAGUUUCACUGCAACCCAGGAGUUGCAAAGGUAAGGCUGCGUGUAUCCGUCCCUCCUCAACUGUGCCUCUACUGUGAAAGUCUUGUGCACGGAAUGUUUUUUCUUUUAUUUUACUCACAGAUCAAACUAUAAGCUUUUAUCAAUUCACUAUCAUGAAAACUUCAA